CUGCCGCCGUUCCGUUUGUUGGGUUAGUUAUCCACGGGGUUCGGAUAUAUAGCUUGACCUGUCUUCAAUUCCCUUUCCUUUAGUCUUGGUCUGUAGAAUUUUGGCCAGGGAAAAUCCUCCUGUUUUAGUUGAGAAUAUUUGUUCCCGGAGAAAACUGCACUAUCAGAGUUUUUUUGCCCUUCGGAUCUUAUUCUGCUCCACUGCUUCGGGAAACUGUUUGCAUUCUUGUAAUACGAUAUUCUUAUCGUGAGGCGAUUAAUUGCACACUCGCUAUGGCUGUUCCGAGAGCGAAGACGCCUCUUGAGGUUGUUGUUGUUGGGGCCGGUAUGCAUCCCGUUCUCUGGGGUAUCGGUGGUAUGGCCGCUGCUCUGACUCUGGGUAUGCGUGGACAUAAUGUCACUAUUCUUGAAGCCGCGCCAAAACUUGCCGAAGUCGGUGCGGGUAUCCAAGUCUCCCCUAACAUGCUGAGACUCUUCGACAAAUGGGGCAUCUCCGACCUAAUCCAUGCACAAGAUGUCGGCCUCGAGCAUAUCCACGUGCGCCGCUGGCAAGACGGCACUCUCCUAAACACAAUGCCAGUCAACAAAACCUACGGCCAACAAGCCGUCAUCCACCGUGCAGACCUGCACAAUGCACUCAUAGAGCGUGCCCUAGCUCAAGAAACAGUCACCCUACGCGAAAACUCCCUUGUUACAGACGUAACCUUUGACCCCCCAUCUGUAAUCCUUGCUAAUGGAGAAAUCGUCCGCGGUGACGUCGUUAUCGGGGCUGAUGGUAUCAAAUCUGGUAUCCGCGCGAAAUUGCUUGAAGAUGAUAGUAUCAAAGCGCAGCCGACAGGUGAUGCCGCGUAUCGGAUUAUGCUGGACAGGAGUGUUAUGGAGGCGGACCCGGAGUUGAGGGGGCUUAUUCGGGAGCCGCAGGCGACGAGGUGGAUUGGGCCGUAUAGGCAUGUGAUUGCGUAUCCGGUGCGGAAGCAUGAGUUGUAUAAUGUUGUGCUGAUUCAUCCGGACCGGCAUGGGGUGGAGGAGUCGUGGACGACGAAGGGGUCGAAGCAAAGGAUGGUUGAUGAUUACCGGGGUUGGGAUAGCAAGGUGACCAAAUUGAUUGACUUGGUUCCUGAUGAUGAUGUCCUGGAGUGGAAGUUGUGUCUGCACUCGCCAUUGAAGACAUGGAUUCGUGGCUCUGUUGCUCUUAUCGGUGAUUCCUGCCAUCCCAUGCUCCCCUACAUCGCCCAAGGCGCCGCCCAAGCCGUCGAAGAUGCCGCAGCCCUAGGCAUCCUCCUCUCAACCAUUGAUACCCACAACCAAAUCCCGCUCGCCCUAUCCGCCUACGAGCAAUCCCGCAAGCAGCGCGCGGAGACCGUCCAGCAAUCUGGCACCGAGAACCGUACGCCGCUGCACUUCCCCGAUGGGCCGGAGCAGGUUGCGCGCGAUGAACAGUUCCGCGUGUCGAUGAGGGAGAGUGGUAAGAAUCCAGAUCGGUGGAGUGAUCGUGAAACGCAGAGGUUUUUGUGGGGGUGGGAUGCGGAGAAGGCGGCAGCGGGGGCUUGGAGGGAGGUUUGCGGUGAUGAGUCCAAGUUGAGCGCGUACCUGUGA